UCCCCCGAGGCAGGCGUCCGACCGCCACCGCCUAUACUCUCGCGCCGAACUCUUAACUCUGACGAACUCAGCCAGCGCCAAGAUGAAGUGUAUAAAAACUGUGCUAAUGACUUUAAUAUGUAUACUUAUAAACGUGAACGCUGCCGAGAUGAGACUCCGCGAAGAAAUGCAGGCCAUGGCAGAACAGUUAGAAAUCCUGAAAACAAACCACCUGACCGAUGUCACCCGCCUGAAGAGAGAAGUAGCAGAACUGAAACAAGAAUGCCAGGCACACACGACCAACAACCACGAACGCAACGAACAGGCUACUCUGCAGUGGGCUAAAACCUCCAUGCAUGAACUCCGCGUCGAGAUGAAGGAGCUGGGAGAGAGCGUCAACAACUCGGUCCUGCUGCGCCAGCUGCAUAACAUGAGGAACGAACUGAAGCAAGCACUAAUGGAGAACUCCGACUUGGCUCAACUCGCCCGCACCCAGGAGGCUCGUGUCGACAAGAUGGACAACGAACUCAGCCGCAUCAAGUUCGAUGUGACCCAGAUGAGGGGCAUGGUGGCCGAUCUUCGAGGCCAGCUCGGGAAGGUCGCCAAAGAGGUCAGUCAUUUACAGACAAAACUGAACCGAAUGGAAGAGUACAGCAACGAAAGUUACAACGAUGUGCUCGCGGGCCAACAUGGCCCCAUGAGGUCCGACUGCGUGCACAAGCUGCGCCACAACAAAAUGGUACAUUCCCAAAUAUCUCGCCUGGCUCGCGCUCAGAACCAGAUGGAGGUGUUACAACAGAAUCUCCAGACCCAGAUCCUGGACGUGGAACGUCGCAUGGACCGUUUCGAAGAGCCCAACUGGAACCUCAUAACCGCCAAAGUGGAUUACCUUGAAGUGGAGACCAAGAACAUCCGCACCGACGUGAGCAAGAACACGGAGAAGGUAUCCGACUUCGACAAGAUUCACGCCUCAAUGCUGGAGCUGCGUGAAGACGUUGAGAGCAUUGAGAACAAGGCCGACAAGACCAUCCCAGAAUUCCGCAAAGAGAUCUCCAAGCUUGACGUGAACUUCGCUCAACUGAAUGCCGCGUCUUCCUACCUGAGGGAGGACCAGGAGAACCUGCGCCAAUCGGUGAAGGCGAUCGCUGUGAGCGUGAGCAACGCCAUCGACCGCGCCGAGACUGACCGCGUCCUGAUCAAGACCAUGAAUGAUACUAUCUGCAAGCUCGAGACCAGCUCCAAGCAACAUUUCUAUCGCCUGAACGAUCACAUUUUGAAGAGCGAGGCUAACAACGAGAUCAAUGGGACCGAAACGAUCUCUCUUCCGGAGUUAAUGGGUGAGGUGAAGGAACUGCAACCUGUGGAACGUGAGUAUGAAGACCUUGUGAACCAGCUGCCCCGCGACUGCUCCAGCGUGUCCGGCCCCCCCGGCACCUACCUGAUCCACCCCGGCAACAAGCCCCUCGACACCUGGUGCGCCGACGGCUCCACCCUCCUCCAGCGCCGUUACAACGGCUCCAUCGAGUUCAACAGGAAGUUCGCCGAGUACGUCCACGGAUUUGGAAACCCCGCUUCGGAAUACUGGCUCGGUCUGGAAACCAUGCAUCUGCUGACCGCCGACAACUGCACUUCGAUGAGGAUUGACAUGACCGACAUCUACGGAGGCGUGUGGUAUGCCGAGUACGACCAAUUCUCCGUCGGCAGCGCUGACUCUGGCUAUGUUUUGAACGUGAGUGGCUUCAAGGGGAAUGCCAGCGACGCUUUUGAGUACCAGAACCACAUGGAAUUCUCUGCCAUCGACCGCGACCGUGACAUCUCGAACACGCACUGCGCCAGCAACUACGAGGGCGGAUGGUGGUUCUCCCACUGCCAGCACGUGAACAUCAACGGCAAGUACACGCUCGGCCUGACUUGGUUCGACUCGGCUCGCAACGAAUGGAUCGCCGUGGCCACCAGCGAGAUGCGCUUGUCUCGCCGGCGUGGCUGCGCCUAAGCGCCUCGCGCGCUAACGCGGUGUCCUACCAGCGUCAGUGACAAACGCUACAGGACGCGACACAACGCGAUAUGACCAACUGACUAGCGUAAUGAAACCAAUAACAUUCCCCGCUCCUGGCGCAUAUGCCAUACCGUGACGUCGCGUUUGUCAUGACGGGGGAGACCGCGUUACGCACGACAUAGAAGUCGCAUGGAACUAUCCGAUUUCCUUUUUCAGUUUCGUACUAUUACUUACUCAUAAUUAUUAUACGUUAGUAGGUAUAUUUUAGAUUUGCUCACUCACAUUUUUGAUCUCACGAUUUCAGUCGAAGUUCUUUUAAAUUGAAUGACUCAACGAUUCAGUUUUGCGAGUUUUGCCGUGCGUCUUGUAUGUUGUGCGCUGACAAAUUUUAAAAUAUUUAAACUGUAGCGCUUAUUAUUGAAGAUAUUAGAUUUUAUUUCUGAAUUAUACCAAAGAUAACUAGUAAUUUUGUUCAUUUGCGGAUAGACGGUUAUUAUUAUAGCAGUAAGUAACAGUAGUUUCAAUUUGAUGUUUAAUGGAUAUUACAUUUAAUCAAUGUGCCCCGUUAUUCAUGAAAAUUUAAAACAGCAUUUCAGCUAAUAACAGCUCGGGUAUUAUCAUCAUCAUGCGAAUAAGUAAAUAUCUACUUAAGUAUUCGAUCUGCAGUGCAAGAGGUCGAUCCUCUCUAGUUUACCACACUCGGUGAUGCACUCGAAAUGCUCGGCCACUGUCUGCUAAAUGAAGAUUUCGUGGAUGAGGAAAAGCGAGAAUGCAGUGUUUUACAGUCCGCGCCAGUAGAAGCCGGCAAUCUUGCUAACAAAUAAAGCCGAAUCACAUUAUACCAAACUACCUACUCCGGCUAUUUGCGUGAGCGUAUCUUUGACUGAAAAGUAAAGUAAUGUAGAGAGUACCGGGACAGUUCAGUCUUUGUUUGCCGAAUGUUCGCUGAUGCUUUAUUUACAAAAUUGCCAGAUUCUAUUGCCGCCGAAGGUAAAGCAGUUUUUAAGUUUUUAUGGAUAAAGGGUUUGUGUUUUAUCGUAUAUUUACAGGAUAUUUAAGAAUCUGAAUGUUGUAGUAGUUCGUAUAAUCAAUGUUUAUUCAAUAUCACGGCUGACAUAUAACUUCAGUGCCGUCUAUCCUAUCCUCUUUCAUUACCUACGUUUAAUUUCAUGAAUUGAAACCUCUUUUUCAACAGUUUUAUAACUUUCUUAUGAUAUUUUGUAAACAAAAUGAUUAUGAUUUGAAAUAUUUUCUCAUUCCCAUCUCACAGGGUGACUGUAUAUUAUUUUUUCUUUUGUGAAUAUUGACUUAGGUUAUAUUUAUUUAUUUCUUGUCUAGCUCUUAGUUCUAUCUUUA